ACAAGCAUCCUCGUGUCCCUCCUCUGCAUAUAAUUAAGAUCUAACGCCCCUCUAUGGAUGAAGCUGAUUGGACUGAGGCUGGACAUCCGACCCCUAAAACUGUGUCGGGGUUUUGUAAGACCGAGACAAUAGGAAACAUCUAGGCCCUUUAAGUCGUUUGGUGGGAGUUGGAAACCAGACCUUGUUUGAUUUCAUCCACCAAUCAGUAGGACGCAAGAAGCGAGUGUUGUUGGUACACGCCAAAUGACUCUUGGCGUCUCGCGGAUAGAUGUUAAGCUUUGAUCCUUGGCUUUUUUAAAAAAAAUAUAUAUAUAACAUUUGCUAUAAGAAGUCACGCGCAGCAGGGCAUCAUGGUGACACUGACAGCUAUCGUAGCGCCUCUCGGUCGGCAGAUUUUUGGCAGACAUUUAGUGAGACACGUUAGAUGCCAGCGCUGGAUACCUGCUCGGAGAUGCAACCUGUCUGCCUGCUCCAGCAAAUUUGUCCUGACAGAAGUGCAUCCGAUGUGGCAGGGGCCGCUCGCUGUUCCCGGUGGAGACAGACAGUCACCCAUUGACAUUGUGAUGCGCAAAAGCGUCUUUGACCCGCAACUCAAACCCCUCAAAGUGCAAUACGACCCGAGGACCUGCCAGCAGAUAUGGAACAACGGCUACACUUUUCUUGUCGAGUACGACGACACUACCGACAAAUCCACUCUGAAGGGAGGACCACUGGAGAAUCAAUUCAGAAUGUGUCAGUUUCAUUUUCAUUGGGGAGAGAACAACACUUGGGGCUCAGAGCACACCAUAGAUCGCCGUCUUUACCCUGCUGAGCUCCAUAUUGUUCACUGGAACUCUGACAAGUACAGUUUAUUUGAAGAAGCUAUUAUGGAGGAAAAUGGAUUGGCUGUUAUUGGAGUCUUUCUGAAGGUUGGAAAGAGGCAUGAGGGUUUGCAGAAAUUGGUGGAUGCCUUGCCUGCUGUCCGGCACAAGGACAGUGUGGUAGAGUUCACCAAUUUUGACCCUGCAUGUCUUCUUCCGGAAAACAUUGAUGAAUAUUGGACAUAUGCAGGCUCUCUGACUACUCCUCCUCUUACUGAGGCAGUGACAUGGAUCUUAAUGAAACAGCACAUUGAAGUCAGUCAUGAUCAGUUGGCAGUGUUUCGCAGCUUGCUGUUCACAUCUGCAGAGGAGCAGGUCCAAAGAAGCAUGGUCAACAACUUCCGUGUCCAGCAGGCUUUGAAGGGAAGGACAGUCCGUUCCUCCUUCACCCCCUUUCUACAAGACGGUCCACCAAUGGAGCCUUAACCUAAAAUCCUGUAAUUUUAAUCCAUAAGCACCGACUCCGCAGUCACUCUCGUCAGUGGUUUGCUGAUGUCAAUAUGGUCUUAAAUUGGAUUUUAAAUGCUCGACAUGAUUGCCAGAUUGCCCAACUCAUUAAGCAGCUAGACAUUUAGGUGUAGAUUGGAAAGAUUUGGUUGAAAGGGAUAAGCAAAGAAAAAUAUAGUUACUCAAAGCACCUGUUGAUGCUCAAAUUCCUAAAAUUUUCUAAAAUUUUAUAUCUAAACUUUUUCUGUAUUUGUACAAGUACUGAAUAUAGUGCUGGAAUUCAAGGAGUUUUUUUUUUUUUAUCUGCCUGAGAGAAUUUCUAUAAAGUAUGAAACUGCACAAUGUUUUUGACUAUUUUUAGGUAUUUUAAGAAGAGCCGGUCUAAUCUAGAGAGAUGAAAUGAAAAUGUAUAAGAUUACAAUUAAAUAUUGCAGUGUAAUUAAGACUAGAAAUAUAGACUUUAUUAAAGGUGCACUGGAAAUAUAGAAAUAUGAGGGGAAGAGGAGUAGAUUAAUGCGCACAAUCGUUUAAUGAAAAAGCAUUACUGUACUUUGUGUGUACUUCAGAUUUUUUUUACUGAAUAUGUUAUCCUCAUCCAUACUGCCUUUAGCAUUGUACAUAAUCACUGAUUAUUUCUCCAUUGCUCGCAUUGUAAUCAAUAAUCUGAUCAAUUGCACAAGUUGUUGGCCACAUUUGCCUUUGGGCAAAAUAUAUGUGCCUCCAAUCUUUUCCAUUAAGAUCACAUGUGUUAUUAUUGCGUAAACAUUUUUGUCAUUGGUUUAGCAGUAUCUUUAAAGUGUAUUCAUUGUUGCUGAUUUUGUAGCAGAGAUACUGUUAGGUUUUAAUUAAGAAAUGAUUGUAGAAUUUAUUCGGGAGCAUCUUGAUGUGUCUGUCCACUCAAUUUCAUUAAAUACUGGUAAGAGGGGACCUCCAUUUUUGAGCACGUGUUUUCCACUAGAGGCAUCAGAGGUGCACGAGAGCAGACAAAAUGUAGAUUUGGGAACUAAAGUAUGACCAACUGAUUGUUUCCUUUAAAGAUAACUAUAAUUUGGUUCAUUCGUUGCAUUUCAUUGAGUUGGAAGGUUUUAGAUUUGCGAUAUAUUUGGACUAGGUUGCAAAAAAACUUCAGUGUUCAGUGGUUACAUGGAGGUGAAGAAAUUGCAGAAGUAUGACAUGCUUUUUUUUUUUUUUCUUUGCCAAGAGACGCUGGUCUCUUUUGUGAUGGCUGAAUAACAAUGUUCUUGUGCAAACUGCCCCUAAAGUGGCCUCCCAUCUGAAUGGGCCACCUGGUUCUCUCCCUAUUGGGUCGAUGGUUGAAAUUCAGAGUGAUAUUAACUAGAUUGAAAGCUGGAUUUGCACUGUCCAAAUACUGUGUUGCAGGGAGGCUGGGAUCCCUUCACUCCACCUGCCCAAGUCUUCAGCUCUCUGCCCUUAGUAAAAAAAAAAAAUUGAACAUUCUUUCACAUCAGGAGGCCCUGGAACAAUGUUUUCUUAUUGAAACGGCGCUGAAUAGCAUGCGAAGACACCUUUUGUUGUUUGAAUUUGAAUUUGAAUUAUGCAAUGGAUGAAUUAUGGACUGAGGUUGUUAAUAUUCAAACUGACAUUCUGACUCUUUGCUGCAAUGGGUUUGCAUGAGGGACAUGCUUAACCCCCACCACCGACCCAUCUGGUAGGAUUUGCCUCUGCUUUGUCCUUUUUAAGUAGCUUGAAGCCCUCCAUUUUUAAUGGAAAUAAAGAAUCACAGUUUAACACUAAAACUUGUUUUACUGUUUUAGACACCAGAAAGUUAUCUAUAACUGUCACUUACCUACCAUUGCUGCCUACUAUACAUUUAAUGAUGCAAAGGUAUGCAGAACUUUGACAAUAUGAUUUGAUUCUUGUACUGUGUGCAGAAACUGUCUUGUAUUCAUUAGUUUAGGAAAUUGGUCUUUUUGGGUCAUUUUAGUUUUGUUUAACUGUUGGGUGGACACAAGCUUGUGCCCUGGGGAUUUAAGCAGGAUAAGAGGGUGGUGCUGAUGGUUUAUGGAGGCCCCAUCCCAGCAUGCACUGUUGCAUCAGGUGCUUGUUGGGUCCGGCUCAGCUGCACUAAAAGGUGCAUGUUUUGGUGGAUUUAGCAGGGGUGGGGGUGGGACAAACAUUGGGCAUUUGUCAAUGUAACCUCUCAUUCAUGCUGUCUAAAAUGUGUGUAUUAACCAUUUGUAUGUGUAAAAAUGAAAUAAAACAAAAUUGA